UCAAUCCGUCAGCUGAGCCUGUCGAAGCCAGUGAGGACGGACAGUAGGCUAACUUCAGUGAACAAUAAAAUCACAUCCUGGCAAUUAUGCUGCAACAAUGAAGACGCUAAAACUUGUUGUUCACAACAAUAAAACUUCAAAAAUCCAAGACCAAGAUAUUUUGAUAUCUAGUAAAGAUUUCCCUGAUGUGAAGCCUAAAGAUGUUCUGGAAGUUUACCAUGCAGAUGAUGAAUGGAACCGUCUCUUGUUGCAAGUGAAGAGUAUACCUGAAGACUCGCAGCUAAAAGAGAGUGUCAGUAUUGAGCAAGGGAUAGCCAAUGCAUUUAGCCUCAAACCCUACAACUCUGUCAUUGUCAACAGAGUUGAUAAAAAGAAUGUUGGCUUGGAUCUUGUAGAGCUGUUGUUUAAAGAACAAUACUUUGGCCGGAGUGAUAUGUGGAGAAUGUGCAAAACUAUUACUAACACAUGUGUGUAUCUGAAGAAAACUAUUGAGUAUGCUGAAAUGAGAGCACAAGUAAAUGAGCUCUGGGCCAAGGGAGAGAAUGUCACUUGUGGUGUUAUAACAGAGGACACUAGAAUUGUCUUCAGGUCUCCAACAGCUGUUGUCCAGAUUUUUAUCCAGAUGAGUACUGAGAUGUGGGAGUUUGACCUCCAUGGUGACCUCUACUAUGAGAAGGCUGUCAAUGGCUUUUUGACUGAUUUAUUUGACAAAUGGAAGGAACAAAACUGUUUACAUGAUGUAACCAUAGUGUUGUUCUCUAGAACAUUUUAUGAAGCUAAAUCUUUAGAUGAGUUCCCACCUUCAAUAAGGGAGUGUCUAAUUGUAGACUCCAAUGGCAACAUUUAUGAAGACUACUACAGAGUAAUUGUACAGAAUGAGCGGUACGAAGAGUGGCACUCCAUCCUCCGACAGCUGAGAAUCCACUUCAAUGAGUACCAGGAGUACAUCACAAACUUCCACAGCAACGAACAACUUGGCUGGAAGAUGCCUAAGGCCAGGUUGUCAAAUGCUCAGCAGGGGAAUUUUCUGGAAACUUUAAACAUGUCGCUCAAUUUGUUUGAGAAUUACUACCUGGAUCGCAACUUUGACAGAACAGGUAAAGUAUCAGUUGUCAUCACUCCUGGCCCAGGUGUCUUUGAAGUGGACAGGCAGCUGGCCAACAUCACCAAGCAGAGGACAAUAGACUGCGGUGUGGGCAGUGAUCUGGUCUGUAUGGGGGAACAACCUUUACAUGCUGCCCCUCUCUUUAAGUUCCGCAGUAAAAGUACUUACAAGUCUAUAGAAGUUGGUGAUGAUUAUAACAUACCACAUUGGAUGAAUCAUAGUUUUUACAUGUCCAAGAAGCAGAUAGAAGACCACAUGAAUUUACCCUUUGUUCCUAGAAUCAAACCGGACCCAGCAUUGCUGAAAGAACUGAAGGAAAUUGAAGAGAAGCCACAUGUUCAGGAGAAAAAUGUUUUACCCCCCAAAAACAACACAUCCAAUGAUGACAACAUCCCAUUUGUGGACUAUGAUGAAUAUGACUUGAAUGUGUUUAAAUUACCUUCUAGGACUUUGCUUCGAACAUUCUCCACCAAAGGGAACUCCCAGUAUGAGAUGCCUAAAACAUUUGCUGAAGCCAAACAGAACCUGCAGCCACGCCAGAGGCACCAGUCUGAUGAGGUCUCACAGUUCAGGAAUGGCAGGCCAGAGAAAGAUUCGUCAUAUGGCAUGUCAAUCCCUGGCAGCUCACAUGAUGACAUGUCCAUGUCAUUCAGCUGUUUCCCCAUCCAAGAGAGGUCAAUUAGCAGAGUGUCCUAUGAUUCGUCAGAAGGUGAGCUAGUCCAUCCACGGCCAGUGGUGGGCAGCGCUGGGUCACCAGUUGGUCACUCAAGGAAUCUCCGCUACUAUAGACCACGCAGGGCACUGAUUAAUCCAUUUGCACCGUCCAGACUUCAGUUUAAAAUGACCAGUAAUCGCAGGAGAUGGGUUCAUGCUUUCCCAGUUGACCACAAAGGUGUGGCUAUACAAGCUCGACAUGUCCACUCCGUCCAGCACCCAGAACAUGAUGACUUCCCUUGGUCAGACAGGGAGUCUCAGCAGAGCCCUAUGUUAAGUAUCACCUAUAGUGGGAGACGAGACAGAAGGAAUCAGGACAUUGAUCAACUAAGUCAGUGUGCCACCAGCUUAGCUGAAUCCCCAGCUGGCCGAAGAAGUCAGAUAGAAUUUGCUGGAUCCUUAAGACGCCAGCAAAGCUCCAGGUCUUCCUUUACCUCCAAGUCCAACCUGUUUGGAUCUGUAAAGGCUGACAGUGACCAGUGCUGGUCUCCAGAUAUGACCACAGGCUAUGACUGGCGGCCUUUAGACCCUGACCUCCAGCACAAGGAGGGGUCAAGGCUGACAAAAUCUAUAUUUAGUGGAGAUAUCCAAUCCAAUAUGUUUGUGGAGGGUCUGACUGUUGACUGGAAGUCCCUGACCAUCCCCGCCUCCCUGCCUGUCACAACAGAUUAUUUCCCUGAUCGCAGGAGCAUCCAGUUUGAUUACUUUGUCUCUGAGUACGCCUUGCUGCCAGAGUAUGUCAAUGCUGAGAUUUGGGCGUCAUGGCCGAGGUCCCCCACGUGUGAAGACAAGACGCUCUUUGUGUACAGGCGGCAACCUUUGACUAACCAUCAGGUCUUCAUGGAGCUAAUCUCACAGCGUCUUGGCCAGGGUUUUCAACUGAUCAAAAAGAAAAAAUCUGUCCAGCAGUCGGAGACUUCUGCUAUAGCUGCAGGCUCUACCCAGUUCAUGAGGGCAAUCAAGAAGGAACCUGAUGAGGAAUAUUACAUGAGUAUAGGGAGGAUCUACCACAAGCUGACCAUGCAGGGGCAGACCAUCAGUGUCACUCGUUACUGGCCCAGGCACCCCCAGCCCCAGCUGAGCUACAACUACAAGUACAGGUUCCAGGCCCCAGACUCGUACAGCUAUGACGUGUCCUGGACCAACUUCUCCAGUGAACAGCUGGAGAACUACAACUGGAACCAUCUGGACCAGUACAUCUGUACCCAGGGGGACUGGGAGCACGGGCUCAUUGAUCCCUUGAAAUACUGGCGGUCAAGAUUCUUCCUCCUGCCAUCCAAUAACGUGGCCACCAAGAAGAUUUGUGAGAAAGAAACAGAGAGGUGUGAUAUCUAUGAAGAGAAGAGCAGCAAGGAGCUGAAGCUGUUGAUCAAUGGGUUCAUCAAAUUCCUGGAGACCAUGAACAAGCUCAAGAGGACACAGAGGAAGUCAAAAGCUGAGGCAUCCAACUCACCCACAGCUGCUGGGGACUCCAGCCCCAGAAAGUCUGAGCACGAGGGAAGCAAGGAGAAGGAAGAGAAGUUGAAUGUUGCAUCCCCAGCCAUGAAGAUCAUUGAAGCUCUGGUGGAUCCUGUGCAUGGCCUGAGUUUGAUCCAGACACAAGCUGGACUUCCUGUCAACACUUUCAUCUCAGCCGAGGCUGUCGAGUGGUGCAGACGCAGCAUCCAGGGCGCGGAGACCAUUGCCCAGGCUGUGGCUCUGUUUCAGAGACUGAUGGAUGACCAGCUGAUCCUCCACUGCUCCGGCCACAGUAAACACAAGUUCAUCUACGGCUUCUACCUGUACUACAUCCCACAGAAGCUGGUUAAAGCAGGUCAGACAGCAGACAUCAGUGGUGGCCACCCCAGCACACAUUUCAACACACCUGGCGCCAAUUUCAACUUCCUCUUCCAGAACGAGUGGUGUGAGGUGUCUGUUCUGCCAGUACAGGAGGCUGAAGAAGAAGAAGAUAGUAAGAUCUUGUGGUGUUAUGUGUGGUGGUCAUCAGAGAGUGACACAAAAUCCAAAUUUUACGUGCCCCAUGAGCCCCAGAGACAGAGGUCUGACUCCAUGUUGUUACCUGAGCAGGAUGAUUGGAGGGUGUUGACGGGCCAGCGACUAGGUGUGGGCAAUCUACCAGAUGACUGUGACCAGAGUUAUUAUGGAGGUGUCAGAAUAAAUGAUUACUACAAAGCAACCCUGCUACACAAGUACACCAAUGUGGAGGUGGACCCACAGAGGAAGAGUGACAGGAACGAGUACGCUAUAGCCAGGUACCACGCCUACUACAGCCCUAAGUCAGCCUUUGAACUUCAGCUUCAGUGGAUGGUGGCUACAGGCUGUAUCAUGGGGGAUCUGGUGUACGCCUUUGCCAGGAGGGCAACAUCAUGUGGGUUUCACCUGAUCCCUGUACCAUGUGACCCCUUCGCCCUCCCCUACACUGAGAACUCUGACCCUCUCAGAGGACCAAUUUUUGUACCACUAAACAUGCAGGCAUUAAAUGCUGAAUUUCUUCAAGACCUCCCAGAUUCAGACAGACAACAGAUUCUCUACUUUAUUCAAGAUGCCAUUAUUAAAAGGUUUGGCUUCCUACCCGCCAGUGUCAAGGUCCCGGCCAGCUGUGAGAGCGACACCUCGACCACCAACCACCAGUACGUCCACUGCACGGCAGGCAUGUUCAUAUUCAUCCCGGAGAGCAUCACAGGCAAGACCCCAGAUCUCAGGGACCCCAGUGGGGAUCAGUCCAAGGACCCCAAGUCGAGCGGGGAUCAGUCCCACAGCCUGCUGAAGAAGUGCGCCUCAGAGCUGCACAAGUUGUACAUCGCCAGGCAGGGCCGCCCCGAGUCCGUGCCCAACGAGGUGGGGUUCCUCUGGUCCUGGAACUACAUGUCCUCCAAGCGUUGGCGCUCCGUCUACACGGGGGACGAGGCGUUCCAGGACAGGAUGCUGGCGGAUUUCAGGAAGUUCUGCUCCAAUGACGAGGACAGGCUGGCACAAUUCUGGGCGGGCUUUGAAGAUUCUGUCAAAAGUUUUAUGACAUAUGCCAUCGUCAGGUAGAGGUUUGACAGACACAAUUCUGGGCGGGCUUUGAAGAUUCUGUCAAAAGUUUUAUGACAUAUGCCAUCGUCAGGUAGAGGUUUGACAGGCACAAUUCUGGGCGGGCUUUGAAGAUUCUGUCAAAAGUUUUAUGACAUAUGCCAUCGUCAGGUAGAGGUUUGACAGGCACAAUUCUGGGCGGGCUUUGAAGAUUCUGUCAAAAGUUUUAUGACAUAUGCCAUCGUCAGAUAGAGAUUUGACAGACACAAUUCUGGGCAGGCUUUGAAGAUUCUGUCAAAAGUUUUAUGACAUAUGCCAUCAUUAGAUAGAGAUUUGACAGACACGUCACAUGUCAGGUUAUGUUAGGUCAGACAUAGGAACAGUGACAUAUUUUGUGCAAUAACACGUCAGAAUGAAUUGUUUGGUGCAUGUUUAUUUGGUUGAAUAUGUUUACAGUUUGUUUUGAAUGUCAAGUUGUUCCAUACUGUGUGAAAGUAUAUUGUGUACCAUGAAGCAAUACUGUGUACCCUGUACAUCAUGAAGCAUUACUGUGUACCAUGUACAUGACCUAUUACUGUGUACUUAUUUAGAUAACUACGCACAACAUGUUUGCUCUGGAUAUUAUUUUUGUACAAUUUUAUAUAAAUUGGUUGUUUGAAAAGUUGGACUUAUCAGUAUUUGUAUUGAUGUGUUUGUGAUUUAUAUUUAUGUAAUAAUGCAUUAUUAAUGAGAUGUAAUAAAAAGAAUUUCAAAUAA